AUGAGAAUUUCGCUGAUUCAAUCUGGGCUUGGGAGAGGUGGUCGCAUGGAAAAGUCAGGGCACCGGGUGCUUUCUGUUUUCUUUGAUGUAGAAGCCUCCGUUGUCGCAGAGGAUUCUAGAAGUUACGCUGCUGCCAUUGAGCAGAAACAUGGAUCUAGCAGUGGCCAAGAGGGUUGGGAAGAGGUGGAAGGAUUGUCUGAAAGCUGUGGCUAA